AUGUCUGGUGAGGCCGAUUCUACUCCGGGCAUUAUUGCUCCUGGUCCGGAAUUGAGGGCAAAAAUUGAGCGGAGUGCCGCCAGUCUCGCGAAGCGGGACAAACGCAAGGCGGAUGAGAUGAUGGCAAAGGUCCUUGCCAGUCAAAGACGUGAGGAAUUCCUUUACUUUGAAAUGACACACGUGUUUUACCCCUUCUUUUUGCAGAAACUCAACGAGUAUCGGGCCCAUCCGGAGUUGAUUCCAACCGACAAGGACGGGGCGGCCAAGGGGACAGGAGCCCCUGGUACGGAGGGCGCAGUUACCUCUACAACGACUGUCAAGGCUGGCGGUAUUGUUCGGCGGGAGGGCGGUACGAGACGCAGUGAGGUGUUGCAACAAGCCGAAGUGGAGGCGCAGCGGUAUCUCGAGGAUCCGUUCCCCAGUAAAUACUCCCUCGAUCUUCUUCAUGGCACUGUGGACAUUCCAACGACUACGUUUAACUACAUGACUUGUACAGCACAGUAUGUGGCGAAAUACGGCGAUCGAUUUUUACAAGACUUAACAGCCCGACACCGCAACAACGCGGCGUUUAGGUUCCUGAAUAGUGAGGAUGUGCGACACGAGGUCCUUCUCAAACUCAUUGAGUCCUACCGACGCAUUUUACACUUUGAUUCAGAUGAGGUUGAGGACCGAUUGGAACGUUACCAUUCUGUUCGCUAUAUAAUAGACACGGUGUGCAAAGAAAAGGUAAAGUAUGCGCGGGCCGCCAUCGCCCGACAGAAAGCUGCAUUACUGACGGAUGAGGAAUUGCGGGAGAAGCUUGAGUGGAAUGUGUUUACUGUUGUGCAAAACUUUUCAGCGAGCGACCUAGGCCUUGAUGCACCGAUGCCUGAGGCAGUGGCAGCUCGCCGGCGCGCACGCUUUGAGGCCCCCAAUAAUGUAGCGGAUCUUCCCGUGUCCGGUGGUGGUGAUUCAACAAAGGAUGAGCAUUUUGGGGCACCUGCAAACGGAACGUUUGUUGGCGAGCAGGACGCAUCUAGGGAACCAAAACCCCCCGAGGGGAUGAUGGCACCCCCUACCUUCAGUCCCACGUUCAUAAGUAGCAGCCUCAUUCAGCCUGCUGAUCAACCUGUCGCGAACAGCAACUGUAGGAAGAGGACACAUGAUGAUGUGGACGGAAAUAACUCUGCGUGA